AUGGCGAGGCUUUAUUUGUUGCAUGGUAUAGUUAAGCUUCAGCUUUUUUCUGAUCUAAGUUGCUGCUUGCUGUAUGUUGUGAUACAGGGCAAUUGUUCAAAGUUGUCUAGCUCCUUUGUAGAUGACCGGAUUCAGUACAGCGUUGGGAUAGAUAAGAGAGAGAAUCAUUCUGGUUAUAAAGAAUCUUCAAUUGUUGGAAAUGAGUCCUGUGACAUUCUUAAGUCUUGGGAAUCUGAUUCAUCAAAUGGUGUUAUUGCAAGACCAUCUUGUAUGAUUUCUCAAAUUCCAAUGUUGGCCGGUCAUAGUCAGGGAACUGAAUCAACAACACCAGGAGGUUUUGUGAGCAGUCAAAAAGAUGAUAGGAUAUGCUCUCAUAAGAAAAUUUCCGCCAAGUAUGAACAUUGUGAUGCACAGCAUCCUUUGUCUGGUUGCCAAAAAACUUCACUUGCUUCAGAUUUAUCAACCGUUUUAAAUGUGAAGGUUGAACCCUUGGAUAAAACCGAAGUACAAAGUCCAGACAAGAAUGCUGUAGGCAAUUUUUCCUGCAGUAACAUAGGUCCUGCGGAAAGUGAACUUGAACUACCUGAUGAAACUUACGAAGAUAUAUUUGACCAUAUGGUGCUGCGAGACCGAAUGAUGUUGCUGGCAUCAAGAAAGCCUCCUUGUUUGCAGUCUAGUGGAAAUUUUGAAUGCUCAGGGAAAGGUGUUCCUUCUUUUCUGGAUGGUAGGCCUAUUGAAUCAGAUUGUGCUAAACCACUAAGAAUAAAUCGUCUACGGAAAAGGAGAAAAACUGCCACGGAUUCUGUUCAAACAGCAUUGGAGGAAGAUGCUCCUGGACUUCUGCAGGUGCUAAUUGACAAAGGGGUAUCAGUCAACGAAAUUAAGCUUUAUGGGGAAAUGGAAAGUGAAAAUGCCCUGGAUGAUUCAUCCACAGAAGACAGCUUUACUGAGCUUGAAGCUGUGAUAGCAAAGCUUUUCUCUCAGCGUCACUCAUUAUUAAAGUUUGCUUCUCUACGAUGCCCAAAGGAUGAGAAGGCUAGUUAUUGCUUGGCUUGUCUAAUUUCGCUUGUGGAGCAGGCUCACUAUCUACAGUUUAAAAAGUGGCCUGUUGAAUGGGGAUGGUGCCGAGACCUUCAAUCGUUUGUAUUUGUCUUUGAAAGGCAUAACAGAAUUGUGCUGGAACGACCUGAAUAUGGCUAUGCGACAUACUUCUUUGAGUUGGUGGAUUCCUUAACGAUAAGUUGGCAGGUCAAGAGGUUGGUGACUGCCAUGAAACUUACCAGUUGUAGCAGGGCCACCCUAAUUGAGAACAAAGCAUUGGUGGUUGGUGAAGACUUGAGUGAAGGUGAAGCACGGGUGUUAACACAGUAUGGUUGGAUACCAAAUAGCGGCCUAGGAACAAUGCUUAACUAUUGCGACAGAGUUGUUCAUGACAGAAAGAAUGAGAGUGAUAGCUCGGAGUGGAGGUCGAAAAUUGGUAAGUUGCUUAUGGAUGGUUAUAAUGGUGGAACAAUAGUAUCAACUGAUAUUCCAAUAAAGGUUGUGGAAUAUGGUGUUGCUCAGAGCCCACAGAUCAAGUUGGAGCUUUAAUCGAGGUUAGCUCAGUCCUGAAAUUGGUAAAUUCUAGUCGAUAUUAGAGCAGUGUUUAUAGUCCAGCAUGGUAAAUAUUUUGUUCAAGUAUUUUUAGUUAAAAAUGUGAAGUAUCUCCUCUGUUUCUUUUUUGACAUUGAUGAAAUCAUCUGCACUGAAAUCAUACUAAGCUCUAAGUGUCAUGGGAUCAAAUUGUGUUACAAGAAUGUAUGUUCCGAAAAUCCAUUCUCAUGAGGGGUUUUUUUUUGAACUGGAUUCUUAAGAGGUUUAGUUUAUAAAAUUUAACAUGUACUUUAG